AAUUUUGUGUUGAUGCAGUAGGUUGCGCAUAUAAUAACAAAUCUAUCUCCAAAAUUAGCCUUUAAGGAAAACAAAAGUAUUUAUGCAGAUCAACUGAUCAAGUCAAAAACUGAAAAACUGACCGUAGAGCAACUUGGAAAGUAGUGUGGAAAACCAGAAAGAGGACAAAAGUGGCAAGCUGCAGCACGCAAGCACAAGUGACAAGUACGAAGAAGUGCCGUACCGUUCCGUAACUUUUAUAAACAUUGCGAUAUCGGGAUGUGCGAUUGGUUACCGCGAAUUCGUUACGGGACCGAGGGCGGGGCGUGAAGGCCAGCGUCGUUUCGUUUGUGAUUUUGCUAGUUUUUGGAGUUCAUCUGUUCGUGGAUCUUUCACUGGACUCUGUCUUCCUCAAUUUCCUUGGUGCUCCUGGGUUUGGGAUUGUUGAUUAUUGGUUGGAAAAAGCUAGCCAGAGAUUUGUUAAAAUCUGGGAUCCGAGAUUUCUGAAUAGAUUUCUGAUCGACGCAGUUUAGACUCAGGUUUUAUUUGCUGUUGAGUGUUGACUCAGACGACAGAAAUUGUUGCCACAUUUCUAGAUCUGGUUUAUCAUUCUUCCAUGCUGGCCCCUUCCAAGACUGUCAGUCUGUUUUGAAGCACGGCUGCGUGAUUCUUCCGCACGAUUGAACAUUUUGAUUUCACCAUCCUUUGAACUGUGCGACAUCUUCGUCCUUUCCCCACCUGUUCCACCAUGAGCAAACUAAACAUCAGCAACGUGACGGUCUUGGAGAACCCAGCCAACUUCUUCCAUCCCUUGGCGUUUGAAAUCACUUUCGAAGCGUACGAAGAUCUAAAUGAAGAUGUCGAAUGGAAGAUCAUCUAUGUGGGAUCGGCCGAGAGCAUGUCUUUUGAUCAGCUGCUGGAUGCGGUUGUCGUUGGACCCAUCCCCACGGGGCGCCAUCAGUUUAUUUUUCGGGCUCCCGCUCCGAAUCCCCAGAAAAUCCCAGUGGAUGAUGUCAUCGGUAUUACAGUGGUGAUGAUAACGGCCUCGUAUCGCGGGAAGGAGUUCUCUCGUGUUGGAUAUUACGUGAAUAUUGACUAUGCCGAUCCGGAACUGAAGGAAAAUCCACCCGCCACUCCGCUUUUUGAGAAGCUGGAGCGUAACAUUCUCUCCAACAAUCCCCGUAUCACCCGCUGCAAAAUUGAUUGGGACGACAAGCCUCAGAUGGAUGGCGUGUCAUCCAAUGCUAAUUCCUCUGCGAAUAUGGUGCCGCAAUGUCCAACUAAUUUCCACCAGCCGAUCGGCAUGCGUAUAACGUGUUUGCCGCCGAUGGCGUAUUCCACAGUGAAAACAUUCGGACGGAAGUCGUCUAAGACGGUGCCGUUGAAGCUCAGCCAUACCAGCUACUCUGACACCGGCCAACACGCGCUAAAAGUACCGAUGGAUAAUGCCACCGGAAGUGAUGCGCACGUGGAUAGAUUGCGACUGCAGUCGGUUGAAAAAAAGUGGGAAUCGUUCUUUCGGCAGAGUUGCCACACCGUGGACACCGGCGAGGAAGCCGCCUUUGAAGCCCAUUAUUUCAUCCAGAAUCUUCGCCGUUCCGCACUCAGCGCGUCGCGUAAUUUAAUUCCCUUCGGGUCGGUUGCAGCGGAUACGCCGGCUCUUUUAACGGAGAAGCGCAGCAUACUGCUGUAUUCUUUGAUGAAAAAUCUCAGAGCCGAUUUCAGCAUGACUGCCUCCAAUUUUCGUAUGGACUUUAUUCAGCAGAACGGCGUGAGCAUGCUGUGUCAAGCGCUAAAAAAGCUGCAAGACGAGAUUGGAAUCUGGGAGAACGUUGACGCUAAGGACGAUGUGGACGAACUGAAAAAUAAAAUGGUUGAUGAAUUUCACUGUAUAAUGUGCAUCAAAUUUGCGACUCGGGAUCCGGAUGGCUGCCGCGGCGUUUUGCAAGUGGACACGGGGAAUCUGGAGAUCAUCUGCCAGUCGCUACUGAGUCCGUGUAUGCAAUCGCGCAUCGCCGUCAUGGAUCUGCUGGCCAAUCUCAUUCACAAGCAUCCCAGCGGUGCCCUGCGACCGAUUUUGCAGCAGUUCACCACGCUGCGUCUGCGCUACGCACAGCACGAUCGCUUCCGCUUUCUCGUCGGUAUGUCGCAGACCAACGGGAAGCUGAAUCUGCUCUUCAAGGCAUCGUUGCUAAACAUGAUGAACGAAAUGCUGAAAGCCUGUCCAUCCGGCAACUAUCAGGUUUACCUUCAGACCGAACUGGAGGAAGCGGGACUCAAUGUUGACGAAGUGGAAAAGACUGCUAAAGCCAUGGCUUACAAAGACGAGUCUUAUGAAGAUGCAGCCAAUGUUGUCCGACAAGUGACACUGUGGAGAGAAAACUACAUCAUGGUCGACAAACCACGACGCACUUCCGCCAGAAUCUCCAUCCCCGUCUCUGCCCACCUACGAAUACGGUUCGGCCUGCGGCACUGCGUUGUCGAUGCGCAGCGGGUCACACGGCGCUGUCUCCAUCCCCACCCCGCUGCCAGUGCCCAUUCUCCCCCGUCCCUCCAACACUUCGCCCCCGGCGAAAUCAAAGUGGUCAUCAAAUCCAUCACUCCGCUGCAGGAGGCCGAAUACGCCAACCGCCUGGUCAGCAUCGGCGCCGCCGACGUCCACGCACCACCACCCCUCCCUCCUCCUCCGGCCCCCUACAAACCCCCGCCCCGCCCCCACACCUACUCGCAGAAUCCCAUGCACCGGCACGGCGCCGACAUCGGGACGGUGUCGGAUAUUUUGGUCAGGGAAGAAAUGCAAGCCAAUAAUAAAAAAGCAGAAAAAAACGGUCAGUUUCAUCAGCGCUCGCUGACGGAAGUCCCGGCCAAAUUCGGCGUGACCAAUCGGAAGAUGCAGAAUACGAAUCUGAACCAGCGCAUGGCCGAUAAGUUCUCCGGUGAGUACAAUGACUGGCGCCGGAAGCGGUCCGGGGAUUCGGUGGAUUCCGUCGACUCUCACAGUGACAGUGCGGAGAAUUCCAGUCCGGAAUGCCGCGGCGCGGUGUACCUGGUGGACGGCGUGUAUCCGGCGCAGAAGACACUCAUCGACGAUGUCCUCAUGCAGUUUGACCGGGCCUAUGACGCCCUGGAUGAGCAGUCAUCCAAAAGAUAGAUUUCAAGCUGACGUACAUAAAUGCCGCAUAAAAUAGUUUUUACUUACAGUACUUUCGUGGCUUUGUUAUUGGUUAAGACUUAGUAAUGGUCAGACUGGUUAGAACCCGUAGGGUACUGCCACAGAAAAA